UAGUUUAUAAACAUAAAAGAAUAUUAUGCACAUAAUAUAUAGGACCAACUGAAAAACUUUAUGGAAGAAUGUGGCCAGGGCCAAAAAAAAAAAAUGUAAUCCUUUGUGAUACGCAUUCUGCAAAGCUGUCACAGUACAAUAUAGUGUCAGAAAUUGUUGCAGGCUUACAUGAAUUUAUAGAUUUCAUGAGUGCAAGAAAAAUAGAGUAGGUACAUAUGUAUGUCAUCCCAUCCAAUUUGCUGGGGAUUGCAGACAUAGUCUAUUGUUCUUUCUCUUGAGAAGUGCCAUAUGCUCGGACUUCUGGAUAAGUGACCGGGAUCUCAUCCUCAAAUUGUCAUUGUAGAUCAUGUACCUGGUACAUUUUCAUGAUUGAAAACCAAUAUCAUUGCUUCAUGGUAAAGUGUGUAGAUACUGGACUCAAAGACUUUCAGUUGUUACUGUUUAUCAGUAGGCUUUAGGAGGAACUAUGUACACAAGAUGUACCUUUGGAAAUACAGGCAUCUGGAUUUCGAAGGCAAGAGGGUGUUUUGACGCUUUCAACGGUACUGAGGGUGGAUAAUUGUAAUAUAAAAUACAAUUUUCAGUACUACUAGGAAAAGGGACCCAAGGUUUCGGCAUACAUAUAGAGGCACAAUGUCUGCUUUUCGUCUCCAACACUCGGGACUAAUUAGAUAAUACCAAACAAUAAAUAAAGGUUAGAUUUCACUUCUUAAUUCACAGCGUACAUGAGUAAUGUUCAUCCAAAUUUCAUUAUGUAUUAUUCAUUUGAACAAUUUGUUUUCCCUUUAUAUCUUCUCCAACCUCUGAAUGAAAGUCAUGUAGCAUAUGACUAAGUCUUUCCAUCUGCAUCUCUUGCAGAGAGGACAUUUCACGGCCAAACGUGAAGGCACCGGUAAAAUCGGCAACCUAAAGACGGUCAAGACAGUGGCUGAACUGAAGCUAGCUGGCUGCGAAGCCAUGGGUUCAGUGAACUACGACAGGGUGAAGAUGUUGAUCCCUCCUAUCCCAUCCUGUGCUUUCGAAAACAGCCCAAACAUUACAUUAGAGUAUUUUGUUGAGAUUGUGGGAGAUGUUUUUGGAACACAUAAGAAUGCUCUUGUGAAUCUUCCAGUUGUGAUUGGCACAAUUCCAGCCUUUCAGCACACCCUAAAGGAUCCUUCUCAAAACCCUGAUGCGGUGCAAUCCAUACCAAGCCAGCCUGGGAUACCCCCAGGAGGGCAGCCAGGAAUCCCUCCACAGGAGCAACAGGGAUAUCCUCCACAGGGGCAACAAGGCUAUCCCCCACCAAGGGAUGGGUCAUCUGGAUACCCCCUACCAGGAGGAGUAUCUGGUGAUAAGGAUUUGCUUCCACCUCCAAAAUAUACAGCUGCUGUUGGAGGGCCUCAGAAGAUUCCAGGCAACUUUGGUACUGUUGGCAAAAUCUUCUAUGCACCGCAGUACCCUUACUACGAUCCCGACACGAUGUAUGCCUCCAUGGGUAUUCCACUGGGAACGACCGCUUCAUCAGCAGAUGGAGGGCCACCACCCCCAACAGUUGUGCAGCCAAUGAGCAUUCAGCAACCACCCCAGCAGACCUAAUCAGCCAAUCAGCAUUCAGCAACCACCCCAACAGACCUAAUCAGCCAAUCAGCAUUCAGCAACCACCCCAGCAGACCUAAUCAGCCAAUCAGCAUUCAGCAACCACCCCAGCAGACCUAAUCAGCCAAUCAGCAUUCAGCAACCACCCCAGCAGACCUAAUCAGCCAAUCAGCAUUCAGCAACCACCCCAACAUACCUAAUCAGACAAUCACCAUUCAGCAACCGCCCAACCAGACACAAUGAUAUCAAACAGCUUGUGUGCAUUUAGCAACUAUCCUACAAGUCUUUAGUAGACACUGGGCAUUUAGUAACGGCUGUAUAGUACUAAUCAACUCUUGAGCGUUCAGAAACCACCCUGCCAUACAUAACAGGCCAUUUGGUCAUUCAGCAUUCAACCCUGCAAGUGUAAAGACCAGUUCUGGUCAUGCGAUUGCAUUGUGAAAAACGUUGUGGAAACGUUCAGAAAAGAACAGAAAAUAAAGCUGAACUUUUAGGAUACGUUGUAUAUGUACAUGUACAUGUUUUCGUGUAGUAAGAAUUGUUAUAUUAAACAUGUUAUGCUGAACUACAGUUUGAAAGAGAGAUUCUGUGGUUGUCAGCUAGUUUAAUUUCGUCAAAUGAUGACAAUGUGAGCCUUAAAUGAUUUAAUAGCUGUUAUAAUAUAUCAGGGUUAACAAAUGAUACUUAAGAAGCCACCGUUCAAUAAUUAUUCACCAAUUUUGAUUGAUAUGACACGAAGAGCUUUCAGAUUUUGUUUUAU